AUGGACCUGAACUGGGAAGUUAGAUUGAAAGAUUUAAAACAAAGGGAAUUUGCUCGAAAUGUGGCUUCAAAGUCAUGGAAAGAUGAGAAGAAACAGGAAAAAGCACUCAAGCGGCUCCACCAGCUUGCAGAGUUACGGAAGCAGUCAGAAUGCAUCACUGGGACUGGACCAUUGCUUAAAGCCCCCAGAUUAGUCAUGGAAAAGCAGCAAUCACCAGAUGGCAUUUUCCUGUACAAAGGUGGCAAGUUCACUGUCAGUUCUCAAAGAACCACCACGAGUGAAGGACAAGGUUUCUCCAACAGCGUAACAGAGAAACAGCAGCUUAUCAUAAGCAGGCACCAGUCCCCUACUGAAAGACCCCAUGCACUUGGAAAUCAAGUCUCACAAGUGUUCCCAGAUAGCAGCAAUACUUCUCAAAGGGCAGGAGUGUCUUUCUCAUUCUCUAAAAAAGUCCCUUUGAAGCUCGAGUCCUCGGCAUCAGUCUUCAGUGAGAACUCUGAAGAAGGAAAUGAUUGUAGUGAAUCCCCCAACCAUAAAACAAAGCAAGUUCUUGAGGGCUGUUGUUCUGGCACACUUUUGGAGGAGGAUGUGAAAGCCAGCUUGGAUAAAGGGCCACCUAUUACACAAGGCCAAAUGGAUAUGGAUAACUGUGCAUCGAGUCAUGUAGCUGCAAAACCUAAAAUGCUAAAGGAAAAUGAUAAAAGUAGUGAUAAAGAACUCAAAGAAAAGAUCAGUGCUCAUCCUUCAUUUUCCAAAGUCAAAAUACAGCUUUCAGGUUUGGAUUUUUCUGGUUCACUUAGAGAAACAGAGCAAGAGAGAAAAUUGUGUAAGUCUGAGCAAUUUUUAGAAACUCUCAUUUCACCUUCAUGCCAAGCUAGCAAUUUUUGUACACAGCCAAACACGUACCUGCACAGCAACACCUGCCUGCCUGACUGGUUACCUGGGUUCUCACAGCAGCCAGCACCUGAGCUGGCAUGCACAAGUAACAUCAAUGACAGUCCUGGCGCGGUAAAAAGAGAAAGAUCUUUGGAGAGUUCAGAAACCACAAACGGGAGUAUGGAAACACUUCCAAAGGAGACCAUGGUUAAAGAGGUUAAGCCCCAGGCAUUGCCAUUCCUCCAUGUAGUGAGCAAAGAUGGCACCACUGCUCUGCAGUGGCCCACAGAAUUACUUUUGUUUACAAAAACUGAGCCCUGUAUUUCAUAUGGCUGUAAUCCAUUGUAUUUUGACUUCAGACUCUCUUUAAAUCACAGAGAUGGUAAACAGCAUGAAACAAACAAAGCAAGCUGCAAAGAACACUCUAUAAAUAAGACUGCAGAUGAAAAUGAAGCCUCAGGUUUAAUAAAACACAAGCAAAUGUCAAAUGAACAAGAUAAUCAGUUGUUGAAACCAAAGAAGAUGAAAGGUUCCCUAAAUCCAAGAAAGGCCAAGCAAAAAGCUGAGUCAGACAUCGGGAAAGAAAUGAAUGAAAAUAGUCAAAAAUGCAUUGCAGAUUAUUUGAAUGAAAAUAUACCCAAAGUGCCUGCUUACCUUGAUGUCUCACAAAAGGAUUGUGUGACAGAAAAAAGUCUUCACACAACCACACUGAGAAGACCUUUAAAGCAUCGUUUUCAUAGCUGUGAAAGAAAAAAACAGAACAUUAGAAAUGAAAAUAUUUCCUUUUCUGCUUUUAUGUCCAGGAUUAAAAAGUCUAAAGCUGCAAAAUGUCAUUUAAUUUAUUCUGAGGAAAAACACGAAAACCAAAAUGACUGCAGAUCCAUUCAAGAUGUGGCCAGCUGCAGCAGUGACAUAAGUGACAGUGGAAAAGACUCUAGUGGAAGUUUCCUUAGUUAUAAAUCCAGUUCAAACAGCAGGUAUUCAGAAAAUGAAGGAUGUGAAAGUUACAUGAGAUGCUGGAGAUUCCCAUCUCCUCAAAAAUCCUCCUGUGACAGACAUUCCAGCUCUUCUGACACUUCAGUUAGCGGUACAAGUAGCUGCAUGAGCUAUGUGAGUCCCACACCAAACAAUCACAGAAAUCAUUUCCCUUUUUGUUGUAAAAGAAAGAGCAAGGUGGCUGAAAGGCACAAAUGUAAACAUAGAAAGCACAAGUGUAUUUUCACUUCUGAUGAUACAGAUGAGGAUUAUCUUUGUCAUAGUAGAAGUCACAGUACUAGAAACUGUACACAGAGGGGAACAACUAAAUAUCGAAGAUGUUCAAGACAUAAAGUUUUACAACACAGAGACAGAUCUAAACAUAGCAGACAUAGACACCAGCAUUUUGGCAAAGUGCGUAGUAGAAGUAGAAGCUACCAUAUCUCCAAAAGUUGUUCCACCAGAGAUUCAAGAAGCAGCGAAAGAUCAUCUUGUAGCAGAAAAUCAAGAGCUAGCAGUUCAGGAUCCUUCUCAAAAGAGACUGACAACUGUCACAACAAAACAAAAGAGGAUACAGAAAGAGGUUCUAACAACGAACCGGAAAAAGCUGGAGCUGCACAUUACGACUCUCUGAACGUGAAUGGUCAGUCAAAAAACUUUGCCACCUGCUCUUCUGAAACCCUGGCAAAAGACAUAUGUGGAAAAAGAAAGUCACUGACAGCCAAGUUACUUUUAGAAAAAGUGCAGUCCAAGAAAACCCAGGAACAAAUGCACAAUUCAGACAGAUUUUCAAACACUUGUGGGGUAGAAUUAAAUGAUCGCUCACGAAGUCACUUUGCUCUUCAGUUUUCAUCAUCAGUAGAUGACAUUGCAAUGUUACCUUUGCCAGAGAAACUGCUAAGCGUAGGUAAUAAUGACACAGGGCAUAAUGAAAUCAAUUUGUUGGAAAACAGUGUGAAGAAAACCAACUUUGAAACAUCAGAGAUAACUAAUGCUGCUCUUUCAACAGGCACUGAUUAUGAUCAUUGUCUUUUUAAAGACAUCAUUCAAAUAGGAACAGGCUAUCAGAGCCCGAGCAUAAAAAGGAACACAGCAAUAAAGGAACCAUCCAAUCUCUUCAUUAGUGAAGUGCAACCCUUUAUACAAAGCUGUGACCCAGUACCAAAUGAUUUCCCUGGUGCUUUUCCCUCUAAUAGAUACCCUGUUGUUGCUAAUUCAACAGAGACCAAAGAAGAAUUACAUGAUGUAAACAUGGACUUGAGCCGGGCAGAAGGCAGUUCAGGCUGUCUUUGUGACAAUGCUAUGCAGAAGUAUGAUGACACAGUAAAUGACCUAGAAGUGUACAGUAAAUCCACCUCCCCUCCUUUAACGCAGCAGCCUGUCACAUUUUCACCAGAGGAAGUAGACAAAUACAAGUUGCUGCAGCUGCAAGCCCAGCAGCAUGUGCAGAAACAACUUCUGGCAAAACAUCUGAAAGUUUUGCCUGCCCCAGGACCAGCUGCCUUCUCUGCAACACCAGCAGUUCCUGCCCUCCCUGUUCAGCAGCAUGCUACUGUCACCACCAUCCACCACGCACUGCUGCAACGCUUUGCUGUCUCAGCAUCUGUACAUCCUCACAGCAGCCACCUCUCCCUGGCACACCUCCACCCGCUCUCUCAGGCACAUUUUGCCCCCAUAUCACUUUCCCCGUUAGCGCCAGCCCUUAUUCCCUCCCACCCUGCUUUGCUGACAGGACACUCAUUGCACUUGUUUUCCACCACCCCCCUCCACCCUUCACCACUGACCUUCCCUGCACUGCCGCACGCUGCAUACAUCCCAGCCUUAUUUACACCACACCUGAAUGCAGCCACACCUUCUUCUAUACAUCCAAAUCCCUUAGCUCAUCCAUUAUUCCAAGGGCAAGAGCCUCAUCACUAUUCUUUCUCUAGCCAGACCCAACAGUUACCUACAAUAAAAGAAGUUUUCAGUGUUUCUAGCUAUUUAAACUAG